AGAUGUAUUAUUUUGAAUAGGAAACCGCAUAUUUAUAAAAACUUAAUAUGAACGAUUCAAGCCAAGACAGGGAAUUCUCCAAGGCGGCCUGGACGAUACCUUUGGUGACCAUGUACGGGCUUAUCUUCUUGACCUCCAUUAUUAUGAACUCUUUAGUGGUAGCAACGUUCUGUAAAUUCGAGUGUUUGCACUCAAUUCACGAUCGCCUAAUUUUCGCGUUAUCCGCUGUUAACAUGAUUCUUCUGCUGGGUAUGCCUUUCUACCUGAUGUAUUCAGUCGGUUACGUCUUUGUCAGACAUAACCAGUACUUCUGUCUCCUGAAUUACGUUCUCCUCCACGGUGGAAUUGGAUGUUCGGUGUUUCUACAGCUAGGCUUGGCGCUGGACAGGUACAUGUGUAUAGUUUGGCCCUGGAAACACUCAAAGAUCAGGAAGCGAUAUGUCGCUUUAUACGUGGUCAUGUCGUAUGUGUUUGGAUUCGGAAUCAAUCUAAUGCCGGCGUUGGGAUGGAACAGCUGGUCUGAGUACCGUAAAUGUGUGUGGGAAAGUUUUCCUCAAGGACAUAAACUCUUUGUUAAAGCCACCAUGAUUGGAAUUCUAUUGCUCAACCUGACUUUUCAUCUUUACGUCCUCCGUGUGGCAAACCAGCACUCCAGAAAAAUCCGCCGGCUGAUCCAGCGGGUUCGCCGCGAGCAUUGUGGGAAGAGGCGGGGGUGUGAGCACACCGCGGUCACCACCGUGGUACUCCUCUCAGUCAUCUCGACUUUCUCCUGGCUGCCCUAUUGGAUUGGAUCGUUUCUUCUGCCGCCGAACACACUGGCAACAAUUGUUACUCUUCAGAUUCUGUACGCUGUCAUCAUUCUGAAUUCCGUAACCAGUUCUCUGUUGUUUGUAAUGCGGAAUCGGCACUUUAGGGACGCACUGUGUAAAUUGCUGUUGUUUGUCCCGAAAGCGCAUCGCUGUAGCAGUUGAAAAUUAUUGUUCUCGGGUGAAAUUAGUUUUGAAACAAAAACCAAAUUGUACAUUUAAUAUUUCCAUACUAAACUUAUUGGCAGUCAAUGGUAUAUUCUCGUUUUUAUUAAUUAAUUAUAAAUAACGAAUUCAAGACACAGAGUAAGGCGGCUAAUACAUGUCAAGGUUAGGGACAAUUAUGGUGCAUAUUUCUAAGCUUUUAAACUUCCUUUUUUUUUUGGGGGGGGGGCGUUUUUUUUUAAUACUUGGUCUGUUCUCCAUAUUUUUGUCCAGGUUUUUUAAAGUUAUGAUGUCAAAAUUAGAGCAAUAAUCGACUAUACAGUAUUUUAUUAUUCUGUAUUUAGAUAUUUUUUGGUAAUAUAACGUUUGAAAGUUACUUUUCAUUUUGUUACUUG